GAGCCGGAUUGACUGUCACGUUGUGCGCUUCGUGGUGUGUUUUCCGUGGUAUUUUGCCCUUUUCCCAGUGAAUUCAUCGUGUAAAGACUCAGAAGAUGAAUAAGGGUCUGCAGGAGAGUCUGUCCAACAUCCUGGGCUUGGAGAUUCCAGAGGAAAUGGUUCAGCACAUUCUGUCUCUGCGCUCUCCGGAAGAGGUGGAUGAGUACUUCAGCACACUCCUGGACUACUCCUGUGAGGAUCACCUGAAGUUUGUCAGCAAUUUCAAGGACCAAAGAUACAAGCAAAAGUCCAAGGAUGGCAAGAAGAAGGGCGCUUCCGGAAGAGUGACAGCUGCUCCUGGGAUUCAAAAUCAGAAGGAGAGCAAAGUGGAGAAGCCGAAGAAGAAAAGCAAGUUCACCAAUCUCUACACUGCCGGUGGGAAUAUCAGUGAGAUCAUGCUGAAAGGGCGUCACUUGUGCAAUUGCCAGGCAUCCAAGCACAGUCUGAUCAACAACUGCCUCAAUUGCGGCAGGAUUGUGUGCGAGCAGGAGGGCGUCGGGCCGUGUUUGUUCUGUGGAAGUGCGGUGAAGCACAUGGAGGAUGUCGAUUAUGGAAGCUGUGAGAAACAGGAAACGAGCUCGAAGGGCGCCAAGCCGAAGGUGUCAAGGGACAAGGAAGAUGCCAUUGCGCAGAGGAAUAGACUCUUGGGAUACGACAGGCAGAGUGAGAAGAGAACAACUGUGAUUGACGACGAAUCUGACUACUUCAAAGCCAACUCUGUGUGGCUGUCGGACAAGGAGAGAGAGAAGCUGAAGCAGCUCGAGGACGGACUGAGGGAGAAGAAGCACGCCAAUCGCUUGUCUCACAAGUACAAAUUUGACUUCUCAGGACGUCAAAUCUUGGACGAUGAUGAGAAUGUGGAUUACGAUGCAUUCAAGAAUAUGCAGAGCAUCGAAGACAGCAGGUUUCACGGGAAAACUCUGAGGGAAAUUAACUUGAAUUCGCUGAAGAUUGAUGAAGCUUUUCCAGAACUUGCCACAGAGCCUGAUCAGACGAAGUUUGUUAGCAGCAGGAUUCAAGACAAAGCGAUGCUUGAACUGUCGGAUCAGGGGCUGUGUUUGUCCAUGCAUCAACCAUGGGCUUCGCUGUUGGUGAAUGGAAUUAAGAAGCACGAGGGCAGAACUUGGUACUCUUCCCAUCGUGGACGCCUAUGGAUCGCCUCAACCGCCAAGCCGGUGAAUCCGGAAGACGUUAAAGAGGUUGAGGAGUUCUAUAGACGCUACUAUAAUGAUAAGAACUUGAAAUUUCCGAGUCAAUAUCCGUCAGGAUGUCUUCUUGGGCACGUAACAAUGCAGAAUUGCGUCUCACAAGAGGAUUACAUGGUGGAAUUUCCCGGUGGCGAAUCUGAGAGUCCUUUUGUCUUCAUUUGCUCAAAUGCCGUGGAAUUGCCAGUGUUCUUCCCAAUGAGCGGCAAGCACAAAAUCUAUAAAUUGGAGAGCAAAAUUCACGUGGCGGCCGUAAAGUCUCUGCACAGUCAUGGGAAGCUGUGAAUCCGCAACCUUUUGGGAUUGAAUAAAUUUCAGACUGAUCGGCAAGAGCAGCUUGUCCUCCGUCUAACUGUUGAUUCAGA